UAUAUAUGCUACAACUUGCUCUAUCAUCACCAACCCAAUUCAUACUUCUAUUCCUUCUUUUGCUUUCUCUCUCUCUCUCUCUUCUCUCUCUUGGUCUGUCUCUGAAAUCAAGCUAAGAAAUAAUGGAUGCAAGCAGCAUAGAUGAGAGCAGUUCUAGCGACUCUAUGUCGGUUGCGCAUGCUUCGGCAUUGAAUUUGCCGGCGACCAAGUCGCCGGAGAGCCUGUGCCGAAUGGGGAGCGGCGCGAGCGUGAUCAUCGACGCGGAGAACGGGGUGGAGGCGGAGUCCGGCAGGAAGCUGCCGUCGUCGAGAUUCAAAGGCGUGGUCCCCCAGCCGAAUGGGCGUUGGGGGGCCCAAAUCUACGAGAAGCACCAGAGGGUGUGGCUAGGGACGUUCAACGAGGAGGAGGAAGCCGCCAGGGUGUACGACAUCGCCGCCCAGCGCUUCCGCGGCCGCGACGCCGUCACCAACUUCAAGCCCCUGUCGGAAACAACCGACGGCCGCAACGGAGACGAUGACUACGAGGCCGUGUUCUUGAGCUCCCACUCCAAGGCGGAGAUUGUCGACAUGCUCCGCAAGCACACCUACACCGACGAGCUGGAGCAGAGCCGCCGAGCCUUCAACAUUAACAAUAUGACUACUCCCCGGAAACCGGAGGCCGAUAGAUCCGCCAAGUCCCGGGAGCGGCUCUUCGAGAAAGCCGUGACUCCCAGCGACGUCGGCAAACUGAACCGCCUCGUGAUCCCCAAGCAGCAAGCGGAGAAGCACUUCCCCCUCCAAAACGGCGCCGUCACCUCCAAGGGAGUUCUCUUGAACUUCGAGGACACCAACGGAAAAGUAUGGCGGUUCCGGUACUCGUACUGGAACAGCAGCCAGAGCUACGUCCUCACCAAAGGGUGGAGCCGUUUCGUGAAGGAGAAGAGCUUGAAAGCCGGAGACAUUGUGAGUUUCCACAGAUCGACCGGACCGGAAAAACAGCUCUUCAUCGACUGGAAGGCCAGGAAUGGGACCGGAUCCCCCGACAUCUCCACCGUCCCGGUUCAUCCGGUUCAAGUGUUUAGACUAUUUGGAGUCAACAUAAGCAAGAGUACAGUAUCCCCUAUGGCUAUGGCUAUGGAUACCACCAAUAAUAUCAGUAGUUGCAGUGGUGGCAAGAGGAUAAGAGAAGUAGUAAUGGAGUUCUUGCCAUUGGAGUGUAGCAAAAAGCAAAGGGUCAUUGAUGCUUUGUAACAUCGAUCUCCAAACUCGAAUCUCAAACAUGAAUAGUAUAUGUUAUCUCAACUAGGCCGGUUUUAGAAAUCACCUUUUAUUUCUAAUCUUUGGUUUUUAAUUUUUUUGGUUUUGGUUUUGGGAAGGAGUUGAAGGGAGGGAUGGGCAGUUGCAAGUUGCAAGUUCCAAUUUGUAUAUUAGUGUUUUUAGGGAAGCUAAGAAUGGUGGCUCUAAUAAAGAGCUCAUCAUCAUCAACAACUAGGUAAACAUUACCAAAAAAAUGUGGAAAUAGAAAUAACAUCUUUUAACUUGUUCAUGCUCAAAAGUACAUACGUUUCUUGUAUUGUUUUUA